CCUUCACACCCGCACCUUCGCCAGAGGGGCCGCGGCGGCGUCAUGACGGUGGGUGCCAGGCUCCGGAGCCAGGUGGCGGGCAGCCUCCCGCGCCGCGGGCGCCGGGGCCGGGGGCGCGGGCGGCGGGCGGGGGACGAGGAGCCCAUCGUGGAGCAGCUGGAGCUGGACGACGCGGCGGCGGAGAGCUCCGCGCGCCCGGGGACCCGGAGCGCACGGCGGGUGCACCUGGCCGUCCUCCCCGAGCGCUACGAGCCGCUGGAGGAGCCGGUGCCCGCGGGGCCCGGGGACAAGCCCAAGCGGAGGUACCGGCAGAAGCUGAAGAAGUACGGCAAGAACGUGGGGAAGGCCAUCGCCAAAGGCUGCCACUACGUGGUCCUCGGCCUGCAGGGAUUCGCCGCCGCCUACUCCGCCCCGUUUGCCGUGGCCACCAGCGUGGUGUCCUUCGUCCGCUAGUGGGAGCCGCGGAGGGCCCGGCGCCUGCAGUGGCUGAGCGUUGACCUGUGAACCAGGAGGUCACAGGUCACAGUUCUAUUCCAGGCCUCUGCUCUCGGAGCCCUGCAAACCCAGAGCAUCUCGGACUUGAAGCCACAGAAUACCUGGAGAAAAAAACAGUCUUUGCCGUUUGAAUCGGAUGCGUCAUCAGAAUGGGUCGUCUCUGCCCAUCUGCUGAGCUCUCUCACGCCUCUGUCUUGGACAAUCCCGCAGAGAAGUAGCCUGAUGUUGAUUUGGGGUCGGAGUUAAGUUUGUUCACCCUGGAGCCUGGCGGGGCUGGCUGGUGUGGAGGCACAGCCUUACUCGGUGGGAGCACUGCGGUGACGAUGGGGAGGAAGGACCGUACCCGGAGUGAGAAAAUGUGCUGCAUUCUCCUGGGAAGGUUGCAGGCGGACAGGCGCUCACAGCCCGCGGCAGCCCGGUUUGCUUCUGAAGUCCGCCCCCCCCAUCUCCUCCUCCGCCCUUGCUCACCAGGAGUUUAAUUUCAGGCUUGAGAAGGAGGAAGAGAGGUCUCUUUGAAGGCCACGACACUUUGCAGCGGGGUUGACAAGGCGUCGUGACUGUUUAAAGUAGAUAAACGCUUGUCGUUGUCAGGGUGACAUGGACGUGCAGGGGGGCUGAGGCAAGUUCAGGUGCAGGCUGCGGGGUGGGCAAGGUUGGUGAGGGGGUUUGCUCCUGGGGGCUGGCCAGACGCCCCUGCACACCUGUGGCUGGUGAUGUCCUGCCUCAGGCGCCAGCAGCAUCAGCACCAGCGUCUCUGGGCCAAGCCAUCGGAGGGAGCUCUGUCUUGGGAGCGAGGGAGAUGCUACAUCUGGGAAUGAGAGCGUAGGACGUAGAGAAGGAACCAGGAAGUAGGAGACGGGCGGGGGAAGGAAGUAGAAACAGGACCGGAAGGAGGUUGGAGGAGAGCCGUGGAGAUUCAGGACCCGGAUCUGGGCCUUUGGCUCCAGGAAGGAGCCCGGGGCAGCUUGAUGGCUGCUGAGCGCACGUUGUCUGCCUUGCUGGCAUCCUUGCUCUUCCGCGCUGCCCGCUUUGACCACAUCUCACCUGGACUCUAAGGUCAAGGUGAGCGUGGUCCUGACACCCCCCCAGCGUGACCCAGUGACUGAUGGGUCCCCUGGACAGGGAGGUGGAAGAAAGAGGAGGUCCCUCACCCCAUGCCCUCUGCCAGUUCCCGCCAUCGGCCACUGUCCUUUGUUUCCGGACUCUCUGAAGGUCCAAAGUAGUUAUUGCUGUGGGAUCAGUGGCCACACCUGCCAGUUGCCCCUAGAAGUUUCCAGGCCAUGCAAAGCCCAACCAGGUAGCUCUGUGGAGCGGGGAAGGUGGGAAGACAGACAGAUGGACAGAAAAGGAAACGGGUCGGGGAGAAAGCUGGAGCUGGGAAGCUAAGACUUGGAGGCUCAUGGUGAGGUGAACUUGGAUCCAAUUCCAGCAUCACUGGUGUCUGUGUGGACAACAGGAAACAUCUUGUUCAAGCCCAAAGGAUGAAAGUUGAUCAUGGCUCGUUUUCACACAUGAAGAUAUUACAGCGUGCCUGGCCCCCUGGGAGCUGGGGUGGGGGGGUGGAGUGGGGGGAAGGAUGAUGAACAGGGAAGAAAAAGCAAAGCAGUGUUUAGUGGGAGAGUUGAGCCUGCUGAUCCAGGGAAGGAACAUGGGAGGGAGGGAGGGAGGAAGGGAAGGAGGGAGGGAGGGAGGGCUGGGUUGCUGGGAGUGGUCCAGGGAUGCUGAGCAGCCCCUGAGACGCCCUCUGGGUCCCCGGGGAAAUGGAACUGAAAGGUGACCCCAGGAAGGACAAGAGCUACGGAGGCCUGUGCUGUGCGGGAAGACCUUCCCCACCUUGCGCCCCCACCCCACCCCCCACCCUACCCCGCCGCCCCCAUUUUAGAGACACUAUCAGGCCAAGUUCAUUUGGCUCUGGACUUCGGGAAGUCUGGUUAAGAAUUAACCCAGGCAUUCCAAAAGUCGGAACCUCGCAGGGACUGUGCCCGGCGCCAGGUUCCUGGGUCAGAGGAUGAACUUCAGACUCGCUCAGCCCGAGUUCUCCUGACUCCCCGAGGGGCCGCCCACGACCUUUUAGGCCUUUUCUUUCUCUCCAGUUUCUUUCAAAUAUCCGGGCCCGCACCCCACUGAGAAUGGGGUGUCAGAGCUUUUGUCCUACAUGUUUGACCUCCAAGGCUUCUUUUGUAUCCUGAUCCCGGCCGAUUAUGUAAAUAAAAAA